AUGAGUCCUCAGGUUCAUCCUGAAUUGUAUGUUGACAAAUCAAGAGGAGAUAAACUGAAGAUCAAUAUAGAUGUCGUCUUUCCACAUAUGCCUUGUGCUUAUUUGAGCAUUGAUGCAAUGGACGUAGCAGGAGAACAGCAAUUGGAUGUAGAGCACAAUCUGUUUAAACAGCGUUUGGAUAAAGACGGCAAUCGUGUGACUCCAGAGGCUGAAAGACAUGAGCUGGGAAAAGAAGAAGAAAAAGUGUUUGAUCCAAAUUCUUUGGAUGCUGAUCGCUGUGAGAGCUGUUAUGGGGCCGAGUCAGAGGACAUUCGGUGUUGUAAUACUUGUGACGACGUCAGAGAAGCAUACAGGCGCCGAGGCUGGGCCUUCAAGAACCCGGAUACCAUAGAGCAAUGCAAGAGGGAAGGGUUUAGCCAGAAAAUGCAAGAGCAGAAGAAUGAGGGCUGCCAAGUGUAUGGUUUCCUAGAGGUCAACAAGGUAGCUGGAAAUUUUCACUUUGCACCAGGAAAAAGUUUUCAACAGUCUCAUGUGCAUGUGCACGCUGUUGAGAUUCACGAUCUCCAGAGCUUCGGACUUGAUAAUAUCAAUAUGACGCACUAUAUCAAACAUCUCUCAUUUGGAAGGGAUUAUCCAGGCAUUGUGAACCCUCUGGAUGGGACAGACGUCACUGCACAGCAAGCUUCCAUGAUGUUUCAGUAUUUUGUCAAAGUGGUCCCCACAGUGUAUAUGAAAGUAGAUGGUGAAGUGGUGAGGACGAAUCAGUUUUCAGUUACACGGCAUGAGAAAAUAGCCAAUGGGCUAAUAGGAGACCAAGGUCUGCCUGGUGUAUUUGUGCUCUACGAGCUUUCCCCUAUGAUGGUGAAGCUGACAGAAAAACACAGGCCCUUUACACACUUUCUCACAGGGGUUUGUGCUAUUGUUGGAGGCAUAUUUACAGUUGCAGGAUUCAUUGACUCCUUGAUUUAUCACUCAGCACGUGCUAUCCAGAAAAAAAUUGAGCUUGGGAAGACAACAUAAGUAAACAAUGACCUCACUGCACAAAAAACUCUAAGGAGAGCUAAACAGAUUUUUUCAAAAUACAUGCGAUCUUGUGUUUGCGCAAGAGAAGAGGUUUGGAAUUACUGGAUGGCCCCAACCACUCUGACGUUACUGUCUCAUCAUUCUUUGUUUGGCAUUAAUUUGUGGAUGGAACUGCUUGAACCUUGCUGCUGUAAAGAUGCGUUAGCCAUCUCAUCUGACUGUGCAGGCCCUACUGUAUAAACCCUUUUGUGUCUGUCCAUGUUCAUCAAAUUUGCCUCCCAAAAGAGCUGCUGGAGAUACUGCAAUGUGUUUGUCUCCAGGAGUAAGGUACUAUAUUGUCACGAAACCUGGAGCGGAUUGAAGUUGCCAUGAAAUAAAUUUUCUGGCAACGCCAUCUAUCCUCCUUUUUUGUUGUUGUUGUUAAAAGUGUUUCUGAAUGCGCUGAUGCUUGUAUGCCGGAUCUCUGUGAAAAUGUGCUGAAUCCCUCACGCUUUCCUUUCGACUGGGCUGCGCAACGUGGUGAGAGCUGGCACACAAGACGUGCUUACAACACUAUGGGGCACUGCAGUGUUCUCUGGCUGCUCCCAACUGCUCCUUUUAUGAAAGAUGCAAGUUGAUGUUUCAGUAAAAAAAAAAAAAAAAACACUGUUUGCAGUUUUAAUUAAUUUUUAAAUUGGAUUGUGUUUUUCACUUCCCCUGUGUUUAUAUUUUGUAAUAAAGUUAAACCUCUGUGGGUUUUGAUAAAGCAUUUAGAAGAACAAUUAAGUUAAUUUAUUUGAACCAGUCCUGGUACUAAAUUGGUAUUGAAUCAGAAAAUUCCUAUAAUGUGGCAAAGUAUGUAGACAUCAUGAUGCUGGAGAUGUUUUUUUUCUUUUUAAUGAUCUACACAAGUGAGUAAAAUGCUUAGUGCUGGGGCUGGCAGAUGACAUUAAAUUUCGAGAAAUUUGUAAAUAACGAGCAAAAAAACCUGUUGUGAAUCCCUGCCUCAUUCUGAGGUAAAACAGACUCAUUGCUGUGAAAACUCAGCUCUGGAUUAGCUGAGGUUCUUGUAUUUGCUCUAAACUUAGUCCAAGCCAUUGAACCAAUUUGGUCCAACAGUGAAGAGCAGGCACAGGAUCAAAUGAUGCAGAGAGGAAGCUGUUUUAAAACUUUAAGAAUAAAUAUAAUUAAUUUGAAAGUAGUAUUUGCUUAAUUAGUUGAAUUUACCUUCAAAACACUGAGUAUAGAAGUUUUUCAAACAGAGAGAGAAGCAAUUUGAGGUGUGUGUAAGGAGACUGACUUACCACUAUCCUAGAAUGCAGAAAAAAAUGGGUUUGUAAAAAAAAUUAAAUACUCUUGUUCCAAAUGUAUAAAUCGGCCAGGUGAUCUUGACUGGUCUGGUUUGAGGAAAGAGAGUGUAUAGUAUCUAUAUUUAUUAUCAGGAGCAAAAAGUGAUCUGAACAGCUCUAGCCCCUUUGUCACUCAGCAGAGCUUACAGCUUUAUAAUUAAACUGUAAAGAAUAAAAAAGAGUGUAAUUACUUGUCAGACCUCAGAAGAGCAUCAGCGAGCAUCACGCUGAACUCUGCUCAGCACUGUGAGAAAAGAUAGCAAAGAUGAAAGGGUAAGCACAAGAAUUGUAUGGGAAACUGGAUAAAAAGGAAAUGACGACUGGCUGCUUGGAAAGGAGAUUCUCAGAGCAGAGAAAGGGCAGAUUAAUCUUACUCAGUGUUUUCGGUAUAAAGUGCUGAAGGGGCCUUAAAGGGGAAACAGAAACCUUGUACAGAAAUGUAGAUUCUACCUGGAAAGGUAGAAAUCAGGUGAAAUUUAGUAAUUCAUGCAGGGAGUAAUAUGGAUUUUUCUUUCAAGGUGGGAGCUUAUAAGCAAGAAAGAGACCCGGUGAUUUUAACAGACUGACUGAAAGACAAAGCGGCUAAUGUGACGUAGCCGUGAAAAGCUCAGUCUGGUUCAAGGAUGUUCAUAUUUGCAGUUUAAAGUAGGAAACGGCAAACUGCUGCCAUGGUCCUGCCGUCCCAAGGAGAGGACGGUACCACAGUAGUCGGGGUAGUUCUGUGUUUGGCAGGUUUUUCAGAACACAUCUGAAGAGCUGUUUGGAAAGAAUCUGGUUGUGCUGCUUACGCUCUGGAGCUUUGCAGGCUGCUUGCAAAAGGAAGAGGGCACUUUCUAAUGCAUCAGCAAAAUACCUUUCACAAGCAGUAGGUGUGGGGAGGUGUGCGUGACCUCAAAGUGACGUUGCCAGAGAAGGCCGGUCCUUGCCCCUUUCUGUUCCACGUCAGGAUGGCAUCUCAUGAACCUGCUUUGCUCUGGAGGGAAAAACCUCCUUUUGGAAAUUUGGGCUCCAUGGUCUGGAAUGUCUUUGUAUGGGACAGGUC